AACACUCCAACUACCGAAUGUCCAACUACUGACACUCCAAUUACCGACUUUCCAACUACCAACACUCCAACUAUCGAUACUCCAACUACCGACCCUCCAACUACCGACUCUCCAACAACCGACACUCCAACAACCGGCACGCUAUCAACCAGCACGCCAACAAACGACACGUCAACAUCUGACACUACAGCUACCAACACUCCAGCAACCAACACUCCAGCAACCAACAUUCCAGCAACCAACACUCCAGCAACAGACACUCCAGCAACAGACACUCCAGCAACAGACACUCCAGCAACAGACACUCCAGGAACCAACACUCCAGCAACAGACACUCCAGCAACAGACACUCCAGCAACAGACACUCCAGCAUCAGACACUCCAGCAACCAACACUCCAGCAACAGACACUCCAGCAACAGACACUCCAGCAACCAACACUCCAGCAACCAACACUCCAGCAACAGACACUCCAGCAACCAACACUCCAGCAACAGACACUCCAGCAACAGACACUCCAACUACUGACACUCCAACUACAGUCACUAAAACUAUCAACUCUCCAACUACCGACUUUCCAACUACCAACACUCCAACUAUUGAUACUCCAACUACCGUCCCUCCAACUACCGACUCUCCAACAACCAACACUCCAACAACCGGCACGCUAUCAACCAGCACGCCAACAAACGACACGUCAACAUCUGACACUACAGCUACCAACACUCCAGCAACCAACACUCCAGCAACCGACACUCCAGCAACCGACACUCCAGCAACAGACACUCCAGCAACAGACACUCCAGCAACAGACACUCCAGCAACAGACACUCCAGCAACCAACACUCCAGAAACAGACACUCCAACUACUGACACUCCAACUACAGUCACUAAAACUAUCAACUCUCCAACUACCGACUGUCCAACUACCGACUGUCCAACUACUGACUGUCCAACUACCGACCCUCCAACUACCGACUGUCCAACUACCUACACUCCAACUACCAGCACUCCAAAUACCGACACUCCAACUACCGACACUCCAAUUACCGACACUCCAACAACAGGCACGCUAUCAACCGGUACGCCAACAACCGACACGUCAACAUCUGACACUACAGCUACCAACACUCCAGCAACCAACACUCCAGCAACCAACACUCCAGCAACGGACAUUCCAACUACCGACGCUCCAACUACUGACGCUCCAACUACUGGCUGUCCAACUACUGACUGUCCAACUGUCGACUUCACAACUACCGACACUCCAAAUACCGGCACGAUAUCAACCGGCACACCGACAUCUGACACGCCAACAACCGACAUGCCAACAACCGAGACGCCAACAACUGACAUUCCAACUACCAACAUUUCAACUACUGAACAUACUUCACUUCCAUACACAAUAGUGUGUGGACCAAUUACCACCACCCCCACCACCACCACCCCCACCACAACCUCUACCACCACCCCCACCAUCACCUCUCCCACCAGACCCUCUCCCACCACCAUCUCUCCCACCACCCCCACCACCAGCUCUCCCAUCACCACCUCUACCACACACUCUCCCACCACCUCUACCACCACCCCCACCAUUCCCUUUCCCACCACCACCUCUCCCACCACCACCUCUCCCACAAUUCCCACCACCAACUCUCCCACCACCUCUACCACCACCCCCAACAUCAUCUCUCCCACCACCACAUCUCCCACAAUCCCAACCACCACCUCUACCACCACCCCCAACAUCAUCUCUCCCACCACCACCUCUCCCACAAUCCCAACCACCACCUCUCCCACCACAACAUUUCCCACAAUCCCCACCACCACCUCUCCUACAGUCCCCAGCACCACCAUCUCCUCUCCCACCACCAUCUCUCCCACCACCUCUCCCACCACCACCUCGACCACCACUCCUCCUCUGGUCUGUAUCAACGGUGGUAAACUACAGAGUCAAGUUUGUAUCUGUCCUGAUGAGUGGACUGGAGAGACCUGUUCAGAUGGGAAUUUCUGCAAUUCCACCAGCAAGGAUGGAUUCUCCUUCCCAAGAACAACGGUUGGCUGGUCUGCUUAUUCAGAAGUGUUGCGUGAUAAGAAGACAACCAAAGCCUCAGCAAGAUGUUUGAAUGACACCGGCUCUCCAAUGUUUGGUCCUCCUCACAUUCUGCAGUAUGAAUUAACCCUCAAUGACAUUCAAGGAAAUAUCUCCAGCAGUUCAGGUGAUUUACUACAGUUAGCCUUCAGUACUCAGAUCCUGACCUACCAAAAACAUCAGCUGUCAGCUGACAACAUCACCACAGCAGCUCAGAUCGCUAACACGCUGCUUAAGUCUGCAAAAAUCACAGAGGACAUCGCAGUGGCAGCUAUAACUACCAUCAGUCAGCUGCUGAAUGCCAAUAAGGAGAGUACACAGGAGAGAGAUGCUGUCCAGAGCCUCACAGAGACCCUGGAGAACUUUUCCCUGGACCAGCACAAUAAUGUGUCCUUGGUGGUUCAGCCCAACCUGGCAGUCCAGUCUGUCCAAGUACCAAGUGACACAGUAGGGAUCCAGUUUACUGCUCUAACUGGAAGUUCUGGCAAUUUUGUGGCCAACAGAAUUCAUCUCAACAUCAAUACCUCUGAACUGAUAGCUGACAAAGGAGGUUCUACCGAUGUCCAGAUUGUUAUCAAAUUCCCUCCAGUUUUACGUAGUAAAAACACAAACCACUCCAUUGGUUUUGUGCUCUACCAAAAUGACCGGUUCUUCAGGUCCAGGGCUUUCAGAGCUUCUUCAGGGACCAGGAGAAGGGUCAUCUCUGCUAACCUGGGACAAGUGUCUGGGUUACAUGUUGAGAUGCUCUUCAAGCCCACAACAGUCCCCAACGCCUCCCUCCAUGACUUUGCCUGUGUGUGGUGGAACUACACGUUGAAAGACUGGAGCACCUUUGGCUGCUCCAAAGUCAACCACUCAGAAGACAGCCUGCGUUGUUUCUGUAAUCACACCACUAACUUUGCUGUGCUGAUGUCGUACAGGAAGGAUUUUAAAUACGCUGAAGCGCUAAACUGGAUCACCAUAUUGGGAUGCUCCAUGUCCAUCAUAGGGUUGAGUUUAACAAUAACAUUCCAGAUCGCAACCAGGAAAUCACGCAAAACCAACCCAACAGUCCUCUUAGUGAGCAUCUGCAUGUGUCUUCUGAUCUUCACCCUGCUCUUCAUGUUGGGAGUGGACAACCCUCAUAAACAGCUGGACAAACCUGAAAUACAGGAGGACAACAUUCUCCCCCCGUCCGACACACAUACGGAGCAGGACAGAGGGACCUGUACUGCAGUGGCGGUCCUGCUGCAGUACUUCCUGUUGGGCACGUUCACCUGGAACACGCUGUUCGCCACACAUGUCUUCCUGAUGAUCAGAAACAGCCUGACCACCAGCCCGUCUCACUUCACAGCCUAUACCGUGGCCAUCGGAUGGGGACUGCCUGCGGUUGUGGUGGCCCUCACCUUAGGAAUUAGUUACAGAGUGGAUGAUCCACUGGGUUACAGGCAGGAGGAAUUCUGCUGGCUUGCUGCCCUCGAUCCAAAGGGGAACUUUGAUUUCAAGCUGCCAAUGUUUUGGGGGUUCCUGAUACCUGUGGCAUUCAUGCUUAUCUUCAACACAGUGGUGUUGAUAUGUUUUGCAGUUACAACAGGCAAGACCAACCCACAUUUAACCAGUACAAGACACACAUCGAUGAAGAAGAAGUUCCUCCGUAGCUUCUCUCUGGCUGUGGUGCUCGGUCUCUCCUGGAUCCUGGGCUAUCUGUUGCUCAUUACACAGAACCAGACCAUGUACACCAUACUCAACAUCUCCUUCUGUGUUCUCACCACCACUCAGGGUUUGCAGAUUUUCAUUUUGUUCACAGCAAGAACAGCAAUAUUCAAGAAAAAGUUGUCAAGUGCUUUGAAAUCUGUCUCUAGUGUUGGGAUCCCUCUUCACACUAGGAAGUUCAGUCUAUGGCGAGGCGAGCACAGUGAUAAAGUAGAAUCAUACACACAUCUGGACACUGAUCUGUCAUCUCCACCUUGGUCCUCACAGACAUCUAGCUGAUGGGCUGUAAGUUCAACCUCUGUUGUAAAAUAUCUCAUAUACCUCCACUAUUUUCCUAUAAUAUACAGUAUCAUACACACAACAUUUUGUAUCAACGUAUAUUCACUGCAAAUUCCCUCAGAAGUUGUGUCCAAUGAUUUUUAUAUAUCCUGAACAUAUGUUCUUUAUAAAAUGUUACUGUUUUAAAUAAAUCU